GGAAAUUACACGCGUAUGGAAAACAGUUUACUUGUGCAAUUCACCCAUUCUUAAUUAGUACUGAGUCAGCGAUUUUUGGACGUUGUGGCAGUAGCGAACUUGGUAUCGUCGCAUGCACUUAGCAGCCUUGGUAGUCUCCUUGUAUUGAACAUCUUAACUUCAUGGAGGAGCAGAAGCGCAAGGGAACAGGUUCAAGUGACCGGCUCACCUGGCGUCGUGCCGGGGCGAGCAAAUCACAGGGUGCGCGUGGCGCAACACCGUCAGCAGGGACAUCUACACCCCCAGGCAAACAGCUGCGUCCUUCUCAGGCUAACCGUCCAGUCGCUCUCCACACCCAUUCCUACACAUACGUCUUCGGCAGGCUCUCGCAUCACACGCACAGGACGCAAAUCCAGCGGGCGUUCUGCGAGGGGCUGCACGGCGCACCGCCUGCAGAACCCAACUCCGGCUUCUAUGACGAGCUAGACGAGCGGCUGCGGCUGCAACACAACACCCUGCUGGCGGUGCGCCGCAAGGCGGGGGAGGAGGCGCUGGCGGCGACCCGGCCGCAGUCAGCAGCCACCGCGGACACCGUAGCCCUGCGCCACGCGGUCAACAACAGCCUGGCGCAGCAGCUCGAGUUCUUCACCAGCUGCAUGGCCGCAUACAGCUCGGACCCCGCCACCGCCACCGCCUGCAGCUGCAGCUGCCCGGGGUGCGGCUGCAGCUGCCGUACGGGCUCCUCGGGGGGGCUGCUGGCGGCGCAGAGCCACCGGUGAGCGAUGAGCGAUGACUCCUCAUGUGGCGAGCUGAAGGCACAGAUGAGGACGGACUGGAGCAGCAGUCUGAGGAAGCAGGGGCUGUGGACCGGGUGGAAGGGACAGAGGAAGGGGGGGAAAGCACCGGCCUUUCAGCGGGGAUCAGCGGGGUGGUGCGGCCGAUCGCUAAGCAAGCAUGGGGAAGUAAUGAACGAUCCUGGAAAGGGGAGGCUGGGCGUCGCGUGCAAGCAUGUGCCUGGGGAUGUGGGGCGGCUUUGAGGAGCGCAUGAGGGGCAUGGGAGUGGCCUGAAUGGGUUAUUAUAAGCUCGAGGCUCGUAAGGCCCAGACACAGGCCGAGAGGCUCAUGGGCCGCAAGACAGAAAGAAGCAAGUUUAACCUAAAUCCACUGGAAUGAGAGUGGCCUGCUGCACGACGGCGACGGAGCCAGAUGUCACCCGUGUACGACAUCGCACGUGCAGUGUAGGAUAGCGGUGUAGGGUUCAGUCGGGUUCACCACGCAUGUUCUUGCAGGGCAUUUCGAUAACAGAGAUCCAACGGACGUACUUCAAUGGCUCGAUGUACGACAUCGUACUUGCAGUGGAUACCGGUUUUGCAGCCCUCUUGCAAGAGUUUGCCUGUAUUAUGGAUGCAAAUGUGGGUAACAGCGGACUGGAGGUAGAUCUGUCGCUAUAAAAAUUGGACGGGUGACCCCUUGCAUAGGGGGGAUUAUACUGCCAAGCGGGAACAUGUUUUUAAUUGCACUUCCGUCUUUGCCUUUGGGGCAUUGGAAUAAGUCCUCCAG